AUUACGCCCGCGCCUCGUUUCCUGUAAACAAAGCAGCAGCUGUCAGCCGAAUAAGUCUGGGGAUUUCGGUGUUUUCGACCAGUUUUUCCGUCGACCUUUGCCCGUUCCGAUCAUGGCCCAGGCCGGGGUAGUUCUGGACAAGGACCAAUUUAACUGCUCCAUAUGUCUGGACGUGCUCAGGGCCCCCGUAACCAUCCCGUGUGGACACAGCUACUGCUCGGUGUGUAUCCAAAACUACUGGGAUCAAGAUGACUACUUGGGAAUUUUCGCUUGUCCCCAGUGUAGGCAGAACUUCACGCCGAGGCCUGUCCUAGCUAGAAACACUAUGCUAGCAGAUGUUGUGGAGAAAUUUAAAAAUACUAGACUCCAAGAUGCACCUUCUGCUUCUCCUGCUGUGCCUUCAAACCAGAUUGUUGCAGAAGCUGGGGACGUAGCGUGCGACGUUUGUACGGGGAGGAAAAACAAAGCAGUCAAGUCGUGUCUAGUUUGCCUGGCCUCCUAUUGCGACCAUCACCUUAAGCCUCAUUACGACUCAGCGGCCUUUAAGAAGCACAAGUUGGUUUCUGCGACACAAAAUCUACAAGAGACCAUUUGCCCCAAACACGAUAAACUUUUGGAGGUGUUCUGCCGCACGGACAAACAGUGCAUCUGCUACCUCUGUCUCACGGAUGAGCACAAGGGACACGACACGGUGCUGGUCGAGGCAGAGAUACAAGAUAAACAGAAGCAGCUUGGUGAAAUGAGACAAAACUCACAUCUAAGAGUUCAACAAAAAGAAAGAGAGGCUCACGAACUAAAGCAGGCUAUUUUCUCCCUCACUCGUUCGUCCCGUGCUGCUGUGGAGGAGACUGACCAUGUUUUCACAGAGCUGAUCCGGUCGAUAGAGUUGAAGCGUUUUGAAGUGAGAGAGUUGAUCAAAGCUCAGGAGAAGACUGCGGUCAGUCAGGCCGAGCAGCUGCUGGACAAGAUUCAGAAAGAGAUCACUGAACUGAAGAAGACUGAAGCAGAGCUGGACAAACUGUCUCAAACUGAUGACCACAUCAGCUUCUUACAGAGCUGUCAGUCUUUGGCCCCUCCCCCUGUCCACUCUGAGUUACCUCCCAUCGCGUCUGACCCAAGCCUCACCUUUGGUCCAGUGAUGACCGCCGUUUCCGACUUCAAUGGACUGCUCCAGGAAGUCUGCCAGGGCGGGUUUGUCAGCAUCUACGAGAGAGUGAGAGAUGUGGUGAUUGUGGGUCCAGUGAACGUGGGGGAGCCACUGGAGACAGCUCAGCCCAUUGUUAUGGAGGACACAUCAGCAGAACAAGCACAAGCCAUGAAUCUUCCAGUCGGUUUAGACCAGCACCUGGUGAACCCCCUCAAUCCUUUCCUCAACCCAGGACCAACUGUGUCAAAUUUUGUCUUCAGCACACAUGGAUCUGUCAAACUUUCCCUUGGAGCCAGACAGAGACACCAUCAGCGCCGCAGCCAUUCAAGGAGAAAAUAGAAAAUUUUUAUUAUUGCUUUCUUUUUAAUCAGUGCACUGACACAUGUGCCCGAUUAAUGUAUCUUUGGUAUAAAGCAAAACUGAGCCUCCUUCACAGACAUUUCACAGCAUUUCAAUUUUGCCUUAAGUAUUUUGGUUUUAGUAUGAAUUUGCUUAUAGUUAUUUUUAAUUCAAAUCAGUUCAUCAUCAAUUUGUAUUUAUUUUGCAACUGGCAUUAAAACAGCUACAAUGGAUGAAA